GUGCUGCCUGAAAACAGAAACCCGACCCUCAGGUUUCCCCGCCGUGUGAUUUUCUCGCAGCUGUCAGAACAGCGCGGAGACGGGAACUAUCUUGUCGGUGUACUAUCUUUGGGCGAACAGCUGGGUGGACCUCCGACUAAACGCUGCUUCAAUGGCAUUUUCUGUGGGGAUGGCCGUUGGGCUGUGAGACAGGCUACCUGCUGUACUGAGUGUGUAUUUCCCUCGCCGUGCCAUGGACUUUAACGUUAAGCGGUUUGCCGCAGACGCCGGCACUUUCCUGACCCGCGCGGUUCAGUUCACAGAGGAGAAGCUCGGCCAGGCUGAGAAGACGGAGCUGGACGCCCACCUGGAGAACCUCUUGGUCAGAGCUGAGAACACCAAGCAAUGGACAGAGCGGAUAAUGAAGCAGACCGAAGUCUUACUGCAGCCCAACCCGAAUGUCCGACUCGAAGAAUUUGUGUAUGAGAAACUGGAGAAAAAAGCCCCGACACGAAUGAACAACCAUGAGCUGCUGGGCCAGUCCAUGAUCGACUCAGGAAGUGAAUUUGGUCCUGGAACCGCCUAUGGAAAUGCUCUGAUAAAAUGUGGUGAGACGGAGAAACAGAUUGGCGGAGCAGAGCGGGAGUUCAUCCAAAGCUCUGCCAUCAACUUCCUGACACCUUUCAGAAACUUUCUUGAGGGCGAUUUCAAAACCAUCCUGAAAGAAAGAAAGCUGCUGCAGGUCAAACGCCUGGAUCUGGACGCAGCCAAAACCAGGCUAAAGAAAGCCAGGAUGGCUGAUGCAAGAGCUGCGGCAGAGCAGGAGCUGAGGAUGACCCAGAGCGAGUUCGACCGGCAGGCAGAGAUCACCCGGCUGCUGCUAGAAGGCGUCAGCAGCACCCACGCACAUCACCUGCGCUGCCUGAAUGACUUUGUGGAGGCUCAGACUACGUACUACGCACAGUGUUACCAGUACAUGGUGGAUCUGCAGAAGCAGCUGGGCAGCUUCCCCUCGUCAUUCUCCAACAACAACCAGUCGUCAGUGUCGGGCGGGGCCAGCAUCUCGGUGCCCACCAUCCCGGUGACGGCCUCUCUGCCCAGUGUGUCUGCGGGCCACGGCGGCUCUGUGGCUUCGGGCGGAUUCAGUGAGCUGCGUAGCUCCAACGGCAGCCGCAAAGCCCGAGUCCUGUACGACUACGACGCUGCUAGCAGCAGCGAGCUUUCCCUGCUGGCUGAUGAGGUGAUCACAGUGAGCAGCGUCCCAGGCAUGGAUUCAGACUGGCUGAUGGGCGAGCGAGGCAACCAGAAGGGCAAAGUGCCGAUCACCUACCUGGAGCUGCUUAACUGAGCCCCCUGUAACCAGCCGUGAUCCCAUAUUUAUACGUGUUUCAGGGACAGGCCUCACCUUCUCUUCCAUUUCAGUCAUUUUAGAACGGGUUUUAUUUUUCUGAAAGAAGAUGGAGUCUCUCUCCCUUCCAGAGGACUCGAGCUGGAAUGAAUGAGUCUGAGUGAAGGGAAAGGACACGGACCCAUUCCCUGGUGUUUGUAUUCAGCUGCAGUACAUUUCUAAAACCUGCUUCCUUUGUGUUUGAUGCCAUACAAUCUGCAAUAUGUGCCAGACCAUCUCCCAAACUGUAACCUCUUCACCGUAUGUAUCUCAGAUUGUGACUGAAAUGCUUAUGUGUUUUCUCACUGCUAAGUUUUUAAAGUUUCUGCAGGUAGUGAUACAUUUUUAAUGCUCUUCAGUUUGAGGUGGAGAGUGAUGCUGAUUAUUUUUAAGUCUUAUUUUAUAACCGAUAAACUGAUGGUGCAGUAGCUCUUAUGGUUUUUCUAAACGUGAGUCGUUGUUUUCACAGUGUCCUUUGUGUUGUGCGUCGGCUUUGUUCACUGCACAGUGAGUUAGACGCUGUUCCGGUGCACGUGAGUGAAGCUGUAACAUUAAUGCCAGUCACAUGUCAAACAUGAAGUGCCUUCACAGUGAAUCGGCCUUUUUUAGACCCGCAGUGCUGAGACGUUGGCUCGUCUCCUCCCGUUGGACUGGACCCUCAUAUUUCUGCUUAACUUAUUUACAAUUGGAAACCAGCAUUUCCACAUAUCUGUUAUUAAAUUAUUAAUGAAUGAAUAGUUCACAGAUAGAAUCACUGAGACAUGUUCGGUGCCUCAGACGUCAUCAUACAAAUUCCAUCAGUUUCCCCUAAACCUGCAUCUCAAGUCCUCGCUGAAAGAAUCCUGUUACGUUCUGGGAGAUUAAAUAUAUUACUACACAGCAGCUUUUUGUUUUGUGUGUAACUGAUAAAAUAGAUAACAAACAAUAAACAGUUGUAAGAUAAAUAUGCAAUGUGGUGCAUUAAAAUAAAAAUCUCAGCCACA